GCCUGUGACCUACAAAUGGAUUGGUGAAGAGUGCAGUGCUGGUGAAAAGACAGUGAAAAUGACUCCUUUAAUUUACUUUGUCACUUUAGCGUUGCUAGGGCAGGCUAGGUCAGAUGUAGUAGAAUUGAAUUGUAGUGAUAAUGCUACAUGUAUAGAUCAUAUGGCCAAAGAAUUAGUUAGGAGUUUGAGGCAACAGAAGUCUGUCAAGCUAUUCGAUCUUCUCACUGUAGAGCCUUUGAGCAACAGGCAAGCCAGGUCAAUCAAAGAUCCCUUAACAAAGCUGCUAACUACCCAUGGUAUCAGCUUCGACUGGAACGACUUCACCUUCAGAUUCUCCAAUCCCGAAGGCAAGAGUGACGCAUUGGAUUUAGAAGUAUUUGAAAGCAGAAGUGUCAAAGAUGAUUCUGAACCACUUCCGAAGAAAUCAACAGGCAAAGAUGAGGACGAAGAGAAACACAAAAGACUUCAGAUAAGACCUAUCAAGAAACGAAGACAGAAGCGAAAGGUAAUGCAGGCAGUCAUCCCUCUACUCUUCGGUAUGAAGUCCGCUGGGGUUGUGAUAUUUGGUCUCUUCAUGGUGUCAGUAAUUACCAUUAAGGCCUUCUUGGCCAGCAAGAUGGCUCUCAUGGUGACCGUGGGAAUGGCUAUGAAGAAAUUAUACGAAAGCUAUAGCACCGGCAUUGGUUUGCAGAAUCAUCCAUACCUUUACUCGCAAUAUCCGAUCGAUUUUCCAAGCGCAACUUCGCACACAUACUCAGUAGGCGGAAUCAGCCCACAAUUUGGAUCGCCAGAGUUGUACAGCCCCACAGCAUUGGGCUCACAUUCACAUGUACAGGAGUUGAUACAGCAAAACGACGCGAGUGCUCAGUCGUCACAACAGGCGCCUACCGUAGUUCUUAAUUCAACUCGGGCAGCGGAAAGGUGGGAUGGGUACCGGAGACGUCCAAUGUUUUAUGGAACCUCGCGCGCUACUUCAGAUUCCUAUUCGGCCUACCAGAGACGCCGCUGAGCGCUCCAUCAAUGCCCGCGCCUAUGUAUAGUUUGCCCGAAAUGCCGAAUAUGCAGGGUCAAAUUUUUAACCCUACAAUGCCUAUGCCAACGGCACAAUAACAAAAUUGGACAUUUGGAUUUAUAAUGGAUCAAGUGGCGUCAGUUAGUUCAGAAUGCUAAAUGUCAGAUUACCACUUAGCGUCAACUUGGUCCGAUUAGACAAAUGUGUCUUGGAACGUGGUGAUCUGACAUUUAGCGAAAAUCAGUCGCAGUGAUUUAAGUUUCCGGACUUAAAUGUAUCUUGUUCUUAACUUCUCUUGAUGUCUGAUAGUUUAAAGCACUGCGAUCUGAUGGUUUUAAGACUGAAGUUUAAACUCGCAAGUGUAUUAGUCUAAUUCUGAGGUAUAAUAAGCGCG